AUCGUCUCUGUGCUAGCUGACUAGCUCCACGCGCCGUCCCCGCGCGGUCGGCGCAGACCCACCUUCCUUGCAGUUGCAACUGCAAUUUCAGUUCCCCUGCAAGGCUGCACCUGCAAAGCCCUCCUGGCUCUCCCGGCACCUGGCUGUCUAUAUAUGUGCUGGCUGACUUGUCCCUCGUCGACAGAGUGAGUAGGAUCGAAUCGACAAGGCCACGCAAGGAUCCCUACCAAUCCAGGCAUCGAGCAACAGUUAACUGCCUGCCAAGAACACGAGGAGGCAGCUGCCUGAAUCAAGCUAGCUCGGCUCGCCGAUGGAUCAACCGAUGGACAUGGAGUUGGAGAAGAAGGACGCGUCGUCGGCGCUCCAGAGGAGCCUCUCCGCCGUCACCUACUGCUGCGGGGCGUGCGGGUACGACCUGCGCCUGCGCUCGUCGGACCGGAACACGGCGGGCAUCGUGGGCGGCGGGUACGGGCGCGCGGCGCGGCGCGGGGUGGUGGCCUUCGACGCCAUCGACGACGCGCGGUUCGGCCAUGCCGACGAGUUCCGCUGCGUCGACGUGCGCGCGCGCAGGCUCUUCGUGCGCCGCACCCGCCUGCUCUGCCGCAAGUGCGGUGCCAGCCUCGGCUUCGGCUACGACGACCGCGGCGCCGUCGGCAGGUCCCCGCGCUACGACAUCAAGAUCCGCGCGCUCCAGCCUCUGGCCGCCGCCGACGGCGACGGCACGGCCGCCUCGCCGCCCGCGCCGUCGGACGGUGCCUGACGGCUUCCCCGCUCCCCCGUCUGCUCGAAUUCAACGCUGUCAAGAUUGAUUGUCUUGUCUUGCUCCUUCCCAGUGACGCGUUUGCUGCUGUUUUUUCCCUUGCAAGUCGCCGUCGCCCGUGGUUUUGUCCGCAAGCAGCUCUCGCUUGCAUCUCAAGAAAUGUACAAAUUGGUGGUGGGUGUCCUUUUCUUCCCCCCCGCUUUUCUUUGUAAUUUUUUACUCAAAAGAAAAGGGAUUUGUUUGUUGAUCUUGACUGCUUGUAUCAUACGGAAGCAAUUAGACAAACGCGUUGUUGGGUGGCUCCACCAGACCAGCCUGGCAGACGCAGGCACGCAGCCUCCCAUUCCCCCAUGAAAAAGUCAAAAGCUUGGUGUGGCUGGCAUC